AUGGCUUCGGGACUGCCACCAGGAUGGAUAUCUCAAUAUGAUCCAAAUAGUCAGAAAUAUUUUUAUGUCAAUCAAGCAACUGGUGCCUCGCAAUGGGAACCCCCAGCGUCCAUAGGGCCACCGUCUUCUGGACCAUCAUCAGAUUCAGGACUGCCUCCAGGAUGGAUAUCUCAAUAUGAUCCAAAUAGUCAGAAACAUUUUUAUGUCAAUCAAGCUACUGGUGCCUCGCAAUGGCAACAUCCGGGAUCCGUAGGAACACCACCUGCACCACCCUCUGGACAAUAUUCUCAGCCGCAAUAUGGUGCCCCUCAAUCAGGAAAUUAUCCACAAAACACAUAUGGACAACCGCCAAGUGGUGGGUAUGGACAACCUCCGCCAACAGGCUAUAGUGCUUACGGGCAGCCACCAUCCGCUCAAUAUCCCCCUCAAGGUCAAUAUCCACCUCAAGGCCAAUAUCCGCCUCAGGGAGGUCAAUAUCCACCUCAAGGUCAAUAUGCGUCUCCCACAGCAAGCUAUCAGUCACCUCCAGCUAGUAAACAACCUGGUUCUAAACCAUCUUCGGAUCCUAAUAAGAAAGGAGGAUUUUCUGGAUUAGCCUUAGCAGGUGCUGCUGGUGUCGGUUUACUUGGAGGGUUCCUUGCAACGGAAGCCGCUGAAAGCUUUAAAGAACAUCAACAUGAAAAGCACGAGGAAGAUGACAGACGUAGACAUGAAUUUAUGCACCAUCAUGGUGGUCAAAGACCGGUCGAAUCAUUUGAAUCAGAUGGUUUAUUUAAUAAAAAGACAGAAACAGUUUAUGUUGAUAAUUAUGGAAACGAGGAAAUCAUAGAAACAAAAUCGAAUUUAUUUGGCACUAAAACUGAAAUAUUCCGACGUGAUCGCGAUGAUGAUUAUUGCGACUAG